CAGUACUGAUGCGCAUUGCAUUGUGGGGAUACAAAUAAGAGGGCUGAAAGGCUAGCCGGUAUCUCAAAGGGUAGAAAAUAGCAAACGGGCUCUUAUAAUGACAACUUGGUAUGUAGUGAGGUCGGGUGAGCGUUGUCAGAGCUGGAAAUUAGCCGGAAUAACGCUGGGGAUGUAAGUUUUCCAGGAGAAGCGACAAGAGACGUCGCGAGCAGCUUUUUGUCAGCUCAACUGUUCGGAUGCUCAGGCCCGGAAGCCAGAAGUGGCCUCUGUACUAAAAGCUGUCUGACCACUCGCUACUAGUAUGUGAUGAUAGUUACAGUGAAAGGACCAGGUUGUAAACUGGACGCCGCCAUCACGAGUAAUUGAGAGGAUACAGUUUCUCUGCAUGUUCAGAAGCUGACUAACAUGGGAGUCAAAACCUUUACCCAUUGCUCGGCAUCCCACAGCCAAGAGAUGCUCGAGAAGCUCAACACUUUGCGUAACCAAGGUCACUUGUGUGAUGUUACCAUCAGGGUGCAAGACAAACAUUUCCUGGCCCACAAAGUUGUCCUGGCCUGCUGCAGCGAAUUUUUCCGUUCUAAACUUGUGGGUCGGCCCGAGGAAGAGGACAAGUUUGUUUUGGACCUUCACCAUGUGACAGUUAGUGGCUUUGCUCCUCUGCUGGAAUACGCUUACACAUCAACGCUCUCCAUCAGUACAGAAAAUAUCAUUGAUGUCCUUGCAGCUGCAAGUUACAUGCAGAUGUUUGCUGUAGCAAGUACAUGUUCAGAGUUCAUGAAGUCCAGUAUUCUAUGGAGUCCAAGUAACAACAGUAACAGCACACUUGCAGCAAGCAAGCCCCUUGAAUCAGCACCUGAGAGUGCCUCAUCAAACUGUGCCCUCAUGCCACUUGAUGGUAGCGUGUCACCUGUGUCAUCUGACUGUAGUGUAAUGGAGAGAAAUGUUCCCGUCUGCCGCGAAUCGCGCCGGAAACGGAAGAGUUUUGUAACCAUGGCGUCGCCUGAGAGUCCCCUCAAAUGCACUGCACAGAUGGUCACUACCUCCCCACAGGUCCCCAACCCAUCCCCUUCAUUUUCAGAUAGCACAGCCCAGCCUGUGGAGUCCUCCCUGGCCUUCCCGUGGACGUUCCCAUUCGGCAUCGAUAGGAGAUUCCACUCGGACAAGUCAAAGCUCCCAGAGAGCCCUCGGUGCCAAGAGCAGGCAGCAACAGUUACAUCUGAGGUGGCGGUUGGUCGGCGACUCAGUGACUUUUUGACGUGUGAAAGUUCCAAGGCAGUGUCACCACCUGUGCCGGCCGAGGAAGAAGAUGUGAGGGUGAAAGUUGAGCGCCUCAGUGACGAGGAGGUCCAGGAAGCAUCUUCCCACGCUGUCAGUGCCUCCCAAAGUUCACUCAGUGAUCAGCAGACGGUGCCAGGAAGUGAGCAGGUUCAGGAAGAUCUCCUCAUCAGUCCACAGUCAUCAUCCAUAGGAUCAAUGGAUGAGGGAGUGUCAGAGGGCUUGCCGUCAAUUCAGAGUGCCUCUAGUGCUGGAGGACAUGCCGAAGAUGAUGAAAGACUAGAAGGUAUUCAAUAUCCUUACCACCUCUACAUUGGCCCAUCAGCCCGCCCCGGGACCAAUGGCCCGGACAGACCCUUUCAGUGUCCAACCUGUGGAGUUCGAUUCACACGCAUUCAAAACCUCAAGCAGCACAUGCUCAUACACUCCGGCAUUAAGCCUUUCCAGUGUGACCGCUGUGGGAAAAAGUUCACACGGGCCUACUCCUUAAAGAUGCAUCGGCUGAAGCACGAAGGUAAACGCUGUUUCCGGUGCCAGAUUUGUAGUGCCACAUUCACGUCCUUCGGUGAAUAUAAGCACCACAUGAGGGUCUCCCGACACAUAAUCCGCAAGCCGCGGAUUUAUGAGUGCAAAACGUGCGGCGCCAUGUUCACCAACUCUGGCAAUUUAAUUGUACACCUGAGGAGUCUGAACCAUGAGGCAUCCGAACUAGCAAACUACUUCCAGAGCAGUGAUUUCCUCAUGCCCGACUACCUAAGCCAUGUGCAGGAGGAGGAGGAGGUGCUAGGAGUUCAAUAUGAAUUGGAAGAAUCCCAACAUCAGCCUGUCUAUGCGGGCAGUACCUCCACAUCCACUAGCAUUCCCGCCUCAUCCUCCUCAGUCCAGAUGCCUGUCAUCUCCCAGGUUUCCUCCUCUACCCAGAAUUGCGAGAGCUCACCUGGCUUCCUUUCACCCGAUUCCAUGGAUCCACUGGAAGCUCCGACCUCCUUCAAGAUGGAUGCUGGUGGCAGCGCCACCCUGGCAGAGGAGACCAAGAUGGACAACAUAGAAGGAGGCAGUUCACCCAAAGUGUUUGGCCAUGAGCGCCAUCGGAGGCAGAAUCCCCAGGGCAAGGAGUUGCCUUCUAUCACCAUUGAGUGAUUCAAGUCUUCUUCCUGCCUCUUUUCUGCUACUUUGUUGUCAUGUCACAUGGGAAGAUCUGUGGAAUACUGAUGCCAAAAGAGGUCAAGUGGACUUGUUCACACUUCAACAUCGCAGACACAAUCAUGGCAAGUUCUUUCAAGACAUUUGUUACUGGGUGAUGGUUUUCCACCAUUUUUUUUAAUAACAAAUUGAUAAGGGUUUGAAACUAAGGGUAUUCAUCCCAUUUGACAGGAAUGCACUGCCACUUGAGGUAUGUGAAAUUCUAGCCUUGUCCUUUUGGAAAGUGCCUAAGAAUAGAUGAGACGCACUUAAGUUUGCCCACAAUAAUAAAUCAAGGCUUUUAGAAACUGUUUUUUAAAAUAUAUAUAUUUAUUUAUUUAUUUUAAUUUCCUUUACCAUGAUCAUGUCACUUUGUAUGGGUACACACCAGUCAUUUUCACUCUUGUUGCAUCAGGCAGUUACAUGUCAAUAUUGUUUAUUGCAAUAUCUUCACACAAUAUGGCAACUGUUGUGGGGAAAAUGAUGUUAGGUGUGUGUACAUUUAUUUUCAAUAGAAUACAUGCAGCAUGUUUCAUUAAUAUGUUCAAAACUUCAAGUGACACAAUUACCCAUGAUUUUUCUACAGUUUUUUUUUUCCUGAUAAUCUGUUUUUGUAAGCCAACGCUAGUCCAAUAUCAAGUCAUCUUAAAUCUUAUUAGCACUGGCAAGUACAGAUCAACAUUUUCACUGUUUCACAAUUACACAGUUGUGGUCUGAAAUUGGGCAUUGCCUCACAUAUCCAUCUGUUGUAGCAAGAAAACCUCAGCUUUGAAAGCUACUAAUGACUUUAUCCUCUAUCACAUCUAUCAUUAUACAUUAUUAUAUUAUACAAUUGGGAGAAGAAUGGCAAAAGAGAACUCUUCUGUGUAA